AUGGGUGAAACGUAUGAAAAUGCACUCAUUUCCUUCAAAAACUCCAUCACUUCCGACCCUUAUGCUCCCUUGAGCACCAAUUGGUCUCAAAAUGCAUCAGUUUGUAGUUGGAUUGGUGUGUCGUGCGGCCUCAAGCACCGCCGUGUCACUGCUCUCAAUCUCCGUGACUACGACCUUGCUGGAACUGUUGCUCCACAUCUCGGAAACCUUUCGUUUCUAAGAUAUCUUGACAUCAGUUCCAAUAGUUUUACGGGGAUGUUACCAUUUGAGCUUUCUAAACUACGUCUUUUGAAGGUGAUGAAUGUGGGAGCAAAUUCAUUCACCGGAGAAAUAUCAACAUGUGGCAACAUCCCACGUGAAAUUGGGAGACUGAGAAUGCUUACAGAGUUGUACUUGGGGUACAUUAAUGGUUAUCAAGGAGGAGUGCCAGCUGAAAUAGGAAAUCUUUCAAGACUAGAGAGAUUGAACAUUGACAAUGCUUCUCUAACUGGAGAUAUUCCAUCUUCAAUCUUCAACAUGUCUUCCUUGACAUACUUAAGCUUAUCUAACAAUAGCUUGUUAGGAAGUAUCCUAACUCUCCUGAAUACACCGAAGCUUGAGACUUUAUAUCUUGAUCAUAACAAGUUGACAGUUUGUCAGGUACUAUCUGAUACGACCCUAAUCCACGAGAGGCCGAUGGACGACGAGACGGAGAUGCACGAGCCCAUGCAGCUGGACAUUUCGACGUCAGCCGGAGACGAGGAAUCGGAUCAAAGGGGCAGAUCGAAGAGCAGAGCUACCAAGAAGGAGCGUCCGAGAAGGAACGCCCCUCGACCUGCCAAGUAUCGAGACUUCGUCCAAUAUUAG